AUGGGUUGCCCCGUGAACUCGUAUCAGACAGAGAUCCACGCUUCACUGCUGAUUUCUGGCGUUCCGUGCAAAUCACUCGGAACGAGCUUGAAGAUGUCGACAUCUGAUCAUCCAGAGUCAGAUGGUCAGACGGAACGUGCCAAUCGUGUCCUUGAAGAGAUACUUCGAGGGUACGUACACUCCUUUAAGAGUUGGAGUGAGUUCUUGCCAAUGGUAGAGUUUGCCAUCAACAACUCGGUGCAUGCGUCCACGACACAUACACCGUUUUACGUGAAUGGCUUGCGCCAUCCGCGUGUACCCACCUUACUAGAGUGUAACUCUGGUUUAAAAGGGGGAGGGACUCGUGCGAGCAAAAACCGAAUUGGUUCACGCUCAUCACGCUCUGACGAAGAAGUCAUUGCGUUUGAUGCCGAUAUCGACAACAUCGAUAUCGAAGAAGAUGAUGCCAGUGAGAGUGCGGAAGCCCUCACUGAAGAAAAGGUUGAUGUUGCUGCAGUGCGCUCACAGCACACUGAAGCUAACGAGUCAUCAGAUGAGUUCAUACUGGCUCGUGAAACGGUAGUCCGUUUUGUGCAAGACUCCAUCGCCGAAGCGGUGACUUAG